CCGCCGGGAUGGGAGAGUGGCAGGGGGCGAGUCCGCGGCCGGAGGAGGCUGGUUGCGGGUCUGUCGUGGGGGCUGCUGCUGGAGGGGCUGAGCCCGCCAUGGAGCCGGUGACCAGGUGGAGCCCGAAGCAAGUGGUGGACUGGACUAAGGGCCUGGAUGAUUGCCUGCAGCAAUAUGUCCAUAAAUUUGAACGAGAAAAGAUUAAUGGUGAACAACUCCUACAGAUUUCUCACCAGGACCUUGAAGAGUUGGGUAUCUCACGGAUUGGACAUCAGGAACUGGUUCUAGAGGCUGUGGAUCUCCUGUGUGCACUGAACUAUGGCCUUGAAACAGACAACAUGAAGAAUCUGGUUCUCAAGCUGCGAGCGUCAUCCAACAACCUGCAAAAUUACAUCAGCAGCCGUAGGAAAAACUCAAAUUAUGAUGGAAAUACCUCUCGCAAGCCCCCCAACGAAUUCCUUACUUCUGUGGUAGAGCUUAUUGGUGCUGCUAAAGCCUUGCUUGCAUGGUUGGACAGGACCCCAUUUACAGGUAUUGCUGACUUUUCAUCAAUGAAGAACAGAAUCAUUCAACUCUGCUUGGAUCUCACUACUACUGUUCAGAAGGAUUGCACUGUGGCUGACAUGGAAGAUAAAGUCCAGACUGUGGCCAAGACUUUAAAUGGCAUUUGUGAUAAAGCCAUUCGAUCAACUACAGAUCCAUUGAUGAGCCAGUGUGCCUGUCUGGAGGAGGUUCACUUAACCAACAUUAAACCUGGGGAAGGCCUGGGAAUGUACAUAAAAUCAACUUAUGAUGGAUUGCAUGUAAUUACUGGAACUACAGAAAACUCCCCUGCUGAUCGCUCUCAGAAGAUUCAUGCUGGUGAUGAAGUGAUCCAGGUUAAUCGGCAAACUGUGGUUGGAUGGCAGCUAAAAAAUCUGGUGGCAAAGUUGAGAGAGAAUCCUGCUGGAGUUAGGCUACUGCUUAAAAAACGUCCUACUGGCUCUUUCCAUUUUACUCCUGCUCCAUUAAAGAACCUGCGCUGGAAACCACCCUUGGUGCAGACCAGUACUCCACCAACUUCAACUCAGUCACCAGAAAGCACCAUGGAUGCCUCACUGAAGAAAGAGAAACCAGCCAUUUUGGAUCUGUACAUACCCCCUCCACCAGCUGUUCCAUAUUCUCCUCGAGAUGAAAAGGGGAGUUUUGUGUAUGGAGGAGGCAACAAACACAGUCAACCAUUAACUGGGUCCAAGGGAGCCGAGUCUCCCAAUUCUUUUCUGGAUCAGGAGAGUCGAAGACGAAGGUUUACUAUUGCUGAUUCAGAUCAGUUGCCUGGGUAUCCUCUGGAAGUAAAUAUCCUACCAGCCAAGAUGAGGGAAAAAACACAGUCCUAUGGAAAACCUCGUCCGUUGUCAAUGCCUGCUGAUGGAAGUUGGAUAGGAGCUGCAGAACGCUUCUCUAGGCCACGAGGAUUAGGGAGAAAAGGUGAAGAUGUCCUCUGCAGGUACUUCAGUAAUGAAAGGAUACCCCCAAUCAUUGAAGAAAGCCCCUCCACGCAGUACCCCCUCUCCAGGCCAGUGUCUGACAAGCAGUUAGUGAAGGGAACGGAUUAUAUUCGAGGCAGCAGGUGUUUUAUGAAUACAGACCUCCACAACAGUGCAACAAUUCCUUUUCAAGAGGAAGGUGCUAAAAAAUCGUCGGUUACAUCAUCCACAAAACACUCCUCUGCAGAACCCUCGCUGCUGGUCAGUUGGAUCACAAGACUGAAAUUGUUGACUCACUGACUAUUGUCCACAACGCUGUUACCAAGUGCCUUUGCUCAUCGAUCAGACUUCGCUACUUUUCAGCUUAACUGACGGAUAGUGACUAAUGCGGUAUUCUUUUCCUGGAGAACCUUACAUUUUUGCCUUUUCAUGACUUUUGACAGAGCAGAGGGUACCAUAGUGCAAGGAGGGGAAAAAAGAUAAAGAUCAAGUUCCUCUUCCUGGCCAAAAGCUGAAGGCAUUUAUUCCCAUGGAAAUAAGUAGAAUUCAGUGAGAUAGAGGCCACACAUGACCUGGAAUGUGCAUAGUGACUCAGAAGAAAGAAUUGUGUUACCAUGAAGUCCAGUGGCACUUUAGUUGUCUGAAUGCUCAGAGACUGGUGUGACUGGCUGGGUGUCAGUGUAAGCAGAGCUCAGCACAAGUUGCACUGCGUUACUCUCCUGACCAGGAAAGAUAAGCAGAGGAACAAUGGUUUUGUGCAACUUACUGAUGCUGUUGCAAAUACUGCGUGAGAUCAACCUUGUGAGGAAGAAGUAAUAGUGUUGCUAUUCUUUCUCUGAUACCAGAAAUUCUGUGAAGGCUUAGGAAGAGAGUUCUCUCAUUCAGAGAUUUUAGGAAAUUGGACUAAUUUAAUUAUAAAUCAAUCCAACCUGAUAUGUAAACUAUUUUUUUGAAAUCACAGUAGAAAUAAAGAGCACUGAACAACUGCAGUGCUUGUCUGUAAAGGUAUAUGGAUUGCUACAACAUGCCAAGGAAAUGCAUCUGUAGAGGUGGUAAAAGAAUAUAUAUUUUCUUCCUUAAUUGUUUAAGAAUGAUUUGCUGUUAACCAAAGUAACCUUUUAAAGACAGUCCUGUUGGACUUAUGAGAACUUUUACUAUGGUUCAGUUUUUGAAUGAUGUGUUGUUUUUAUGAAAAAUAUGUGCUAUCAUACACUACAAUUGUAAGACAUUUGCUAUUUUCUAUAUAGCUCAAAUCUUUACACCUUCAGAAUUUUGAAAUAGCAUUGGGUAUUUUGGGAGGAAAAUAAAACUUGUUUAACAAAAGAGGAUGAUAUUAAAGAGGUAUUGUUCAAAAGAGAAUGUACAUAGAACUGCUAGUAUGCAAACUUAAAAAAAGUUUAAAGUAAUUUAAGUGUUAAAUAUAGUUGUAUAUAUUUUUUACACUUAAGCAGAUACUGUUUGUACCUUCCUGUAUUUCAGUACUGGGCACAGCUUAGUCAAAUGAAAAGUUUUUGUGUUCCCUGCUAAUUAUAAGACUAACUAUUUUUGUAGAUGAUACAUUGCCAACAGCCUUUACUGCUUUGGUCUUGCUGAAAAGAAGGAUUUGUAUUUAAUAAUUGGUGGGUAAAGAGGGGAGUUAAAUACUAGUUUUUACUUUGGACUGGGGCAGGAAUCACAUGUGAUAACAUGAGUGUU